AUGAAGCAGAAAUUGUUUUCUGGACUUACUGUAUCAAUAGUCUUAUUAGACGAGUUACAGUGUCGGUUGCAAACCAUUGCUCGCAGCGUUGCUCCAAUGCAUUCUGCACCACCAUUUGCCGGUGCCGGAUUGUUACAGCUGCGUGUGCUGAUCGUAAUUCCAAUACUACCUGCUAUAUCAGCGCAGCUACAGGCCUUGCACGAUACUGACGCCCAAGCUGACCACUGUCCAUCGAUUCUCUGCAAUAGUUCACUAUCCUAG